UGGCUGUCGGGUUUCCCCUAGCAAAACUUGGUGCAUUGGUCAUUAAACAAGUGUCCAAACCUCUUGCUAACUUAGCCAAGAAUCGCGCCAAAAACAGUCAUUUCUUCAGGACCUAUGUUUUGAUGCCACCAGCCCAGUGUAGAAACUAAUUGUCAUGGCUCCUGUUUUUCCUUUGGCCAAACUUGCUUUUCUGUUUGUGAAACAAGUUGCUCGACCUCUUUCCAGUUCAAUAAGACGCAGAGCUGUACGAAGCGCCUUCUUUAGAGAAAAUAUAUGUCUUCCACCUGCACGAUUCUAUCAUUGGUGUGAAGUUCGACUAAAAAUGUAUGUGAUGAACCUUGGAAAAUCUGGACAGAAGACCACCAUACCAAAGCUGAGUGAAGAAGCAGCAAUUGAACUGGGAGGGAACUUACUUGGUGAAGGAGUUAUAUUUAGUAUAGCUGUAGCAAUCCUGGGUUUUGAAGUUUCACGUCAAAAGGAGAAGGAAAAGAAGAAGGAGGAAGCUGAACAAGCCUUCAUUGACAGCUUAGAAAAUCGGAUUAAUGAAUUAACAUUUGCUACCGAAGAGCUUGACACAAAACUUCGAGAAGUGACAAGAAUAGCAUUUGCUGUGCAACAUCAAGUUAAAACACAACAGGUUCCAGCAAAAUAAAAGGUUCCAUGGUGCUGUGUUAGGAGUAUAUUAACAUUAGUGAUAUUAUAUUAAGGUACCCUCUGUUUCAGGUAAAGACAAAUAGGACAUCUGAGGCUAGUGAUACAGGAAUGUAUUCUUCCAACCAGCAUGGUGCUUCAGAAACAGCCAGAUUGUUUGAGAAUAGAUCAGAUAUGGGGGCAUUACAUGAAGCUUUGAACUAUGUCUUGGAAAGAAUACUAAAUAGGGCCAUAUAGUAAAUAUUUUGUUAGUUUUAUUAAAUUAUUUGUAUAUAAGUAUGCAUGUAUAUACAUAAUAGUAUACUAAAAAAUAAAUUAUUUUGCUGAAUGAAUCUUCAGUAUUCCAGAAAUUAAUUUCUAGUGUCAACAAGAUCAAGUAGAUUUACCUUUAAAGACAAAAAAACCAAAGCAUAUACAGACUGCAGUAAUGCAUGAAAUAGCAGAAGAAAACCCUGUGUUUUUUAUUAGAAUAGUGAUGCCAAGCACUUUGGAAUGAAAACAAAUACUCCACAAACAAGAAUAAUAAAGCUGUUACAUUAAACUAGGUUAGAUCAGAAGAGGUGAGGUUUAUAAUCUUAGUUAUUGUGAAUUGUGGAUGAAUGAGGCCUUGCUCCAAAGGAUACCAAAAUUGUAAUUACUGUGUGGCGGGCUAUUUCGCUUUCUGAUUAUCAGAAUGGUAUUUUUCUUGAUAAAAACUAUAUAAACAGCCUUGUGUACAGCAUAAGGUACUUGUCUAGUUGUUUUGCAGUCACCAGGUGACAAAAAAAAGGCUCAGAUAGUCCAGAGGUUAUGAAUUAUUAUCUUUGCAAUUUGUAUGUUGUAGUAAUAUUGUUUUUGUUCUGAAAGAAAAUGCUUUUGAUGCACACUAUAAUUAAAUUUCUUUAAACUUCUUGCAAUGUUUUGAAAACUACUAGGACUUGUGUGGAAGUGUGCCUGUGGGUGAUCCAAGCACCCUGUGAAUGAUAUAUAAAUGUAUUCUUGUUCCCUCAUUUUUCAACACUUGUAUGAACACUUGAAAGUCAUGAUUAGUUCAGUCUGUAUUAAUCUUGAAAUAUUCAUUUUGUGUCCACUUCUUAGUACAUUGUUAUCACUUUCUUUUAAUUUUCAAUAUUGCUUUUGGUAAAUUUUAUUGGUAUAGAAAUUAAUGAUAUUCCUACAUUUGUAAAUCAAGACAAAAAAAAUCCUACCUUUGGGGGGAGAGAGAGAGAGAGAGAGAGAGAGAGAGAGAGAGAGAGAGAGAGAGAAAUUGUAAUUUGCUUGUACCCUCAAUACUUUCCAAAAGUAUAUCAGGUUAUUCAUUUCAUGAACUAAGAGGGAAAGAAAAAAUUAUUAUACAUGUUCCAUUAUGGCUUUGUGUAGCAAGUGACCUAAGUGUUGGUGGAGCAUCACAUGACAAUGAAUUUAUACCUGAAGUGUAGGGUCCUGGUUCCUUAAUUUUGGGCCAUAAAUCAAACUGCAUUUAGCACUGUUACCUAGAAUGAGUCACAAUAUAAAAACAGAGCUUCACAGUUUCAGCUGGAGGGAAAGGAGAGAGAAAAUAAAAUAAAAAUAAAUAAAAUAGGUAAUUCAGGAGCACACAUUGCAUUGUAAUACCAACUUUAUUGAGACAAUUUACAAAUGUCCUCCAACUGCUUUACAUGUUAGCAAAAAAUAAUUAUAUUAAUGUAGCAUAUGACAAAUUUAACUGAUAAAUCACAUACACUAGAAAGAGGGGAAAAAAACAAAAAAACAAACAAUGGCAAACAAGAAGUACUAUCUUGAAAGAAGUAGACCAAUACUAGUGCAAAGAGAAAGAUUUGAUAACUUAAAAUUGCUCACUGGGAUGGAAGAAAUAUGUAAGGGACUGUUGUUACUAAAGGAAAGAAUACCUAGAUACACACAUAAAAAAUUACCACAGAAAUAUAGAUAUUUGGAGUAAACUAAACAGGAAGGUAGUAUCAGCAAAGUGUAAGCACUGUUUUAAAGAAAGAUGGUAAACAGAGAUGGGGAAAAUGGAACCGCAUGUGUAACUCAGGCUUUGUAAAAUACAGCUGGGUAAACACAGUUAAACACAAUUAAAUGUACUGUACAUACUUACUGUAUAUUAUGCAAUUUUAUUAUACACUGCCAAUGGAGUAAUCAAUAAUUACUGACAAGUGGGAUUUUCUUUAGGGACAGGUUCAAGAAAUUGUACCAAUGUUUUAUGUUCAAUGUAUACUCAUCUUGUGAUUUAUCUGAGGAUAGGUCAUUGCAGUUAAAUAAGCAAUAAAAGUCUUUAUUCACGCUAGGGGUAAACAAAUAUAUAUUGUAGCAAACUUAACAUUUGGGACAAUAUAGCACUUGUACAGACCAAGUAUUUCUUUUACUCUUAAGGAUAUGACUCUCUUGGAACCUCUUACAUUAUCUAUAUCUAAGCUUCAAAUCAUUAUCUUAAUAUAAGCAUAUCUAUCACAGCUGUAAGAAACUUAAUAAGUGUAAAUUUUACACUUACAGUGGUGAAGGCAUGACCGAGUGUGAUUGUGUCCCAUGCACUACAUGCCAAAAGAUAAUUACAUUCAUGUGAUUCUAGCUUGAUUUAUAUAUUUAUAUUAUUUAUUUAUUUAUUUAUUUUUAUUUAUUUAUAUUUAUUUAUUUAUUAUUAUUACUUUUUUUUUUUUUCAAGCAAGACUUGUCUGAUGUAUAUCAAGAGGCAAGUGUACACAUACCUAUAUCUGAUAGCCAUUCCUGAGAACCUACCCAGAAGCUCUGAAAAGAUUUCACAAGGCAAAAAAACACCUGCCUCACAAAACAUCACAUCAGAACACUGACGCCACACACAAGCUGCCACAAUAUUAAGUACCUUUAAGUAAUCAAAAUGUUUGUGGGGGAAGAAAAAAGGGGGAGGGAAUAUGGGGCAACAUCAGCAAGAUAUUUCUAGGCUUACAAAAUUUAAGAUUUAAUAAAUUGGCCAAAUGAUCCAAUAAGAAUCAAUUAACAAUACUUUGAGCACAUAAAGACAAAUAUUAUGAUCAAUUUUUCAUAUAUGACAUUCAGAAUAACAAACUUGCAUCCAUAAAAGUGUACAAGAAGUUCCUACUUUUACUUAAAAAUUCACUAUUUUUUCUUAUAAAUAAUCUGUAAUGAGUAAUAUGUGCAUACAUACAACUGAGGUCUAACAAAGAAAUACAUGAAUAGUUUCUGUGACAGCCCAAAGAAAUAUACAAAUUAGUAAUUGUGACCUGCAAAAAUUAAACUAAUACUUGACUUCCACAUUUCCUUAAUGCAGAAAGAAAAUGUAUUUGUAAAUUUACACAUCAUUUUCAUUUCCUCUAUGCAAAAUAAAUAAGAGAGAGAGAGAGAGAGAGAGAGAGAGAGAGAGAGAGAGAGAGAGAGAGAGAGAGAGAGAGAGAGAGAGAGAGAA